UUAUACAGUUCAUAAAACUCUAAUCUUUCAACACUAGCAUCAAAAUUACAUUCCACACUCAGAAGCUAUGGGCACAACCUCUAGUGCUCUUGUAAUGUUAUUUGCUCUUUUUUUCAUUGAAAGACUUGAGUUUAUUUGUAGUAGUACAAAUUCAAAUGUGAGUUGCAUAGUGAGUGAGCGAGAAGCUCUUAUGAAAAUCAAAGGAAAUCUCACAGAUGAAGCAAACCGUUUAUCCUCGUGGGUUGGAAAGGACUGUUGCACGUGGAAGGGAGUUGGUUGUAGCAGCAAAACAGGCCAUGUUGUGAAGCUUGAUCUGCAUAAUCCAAUUUUCGGAGGGAACAAAUUGGGUGGUCAGGUAAGUCCUUCCUUACUCGAUUUGAAUCAUUUGCAUUACCUAGACUUGAGCGGGAACAAUAUACAAAUUUCUAAUUCCUUAGGAUCUUUGAAAAGCUUGAGAUACCUUGACCUCUCUUGGUCAAUUUUCGAUGCAACGAUUCCUCAUAAUCUGGGAAAUCUUUCAAGGUUACAGUAUCUCAACCUUAGCAAUAAUGGUUUAAGUAGUCCAAUUCCUGUUACACUUGGAAGGUUGACCUCUCUCACAGUCCUUGACCUUUCAAGAAACAAUUUCAAUGAUUCAAUGUUGUAUUCUUUGUGUAACCUGAGCAGUCUUGUCCAUAUAGAUCUUAGUGUUAAUAGCCUUGGAGGUGCAAUCCCCCAUUGCCUUGGGAAUCUUGCUUCUCUUUCCAUCCUCAGGUUGAGUCAAAAUGAUCUUCAAGGUCCAAUUCCAAGUGAGAUGGGAAAUAUGACACAACUUACAGAGCUUGACCUCUCUUGGAAUGUGUUUGAAGGUGAAAUACCCAACUCCAUGAGGAACCUCUGCAACUUGUGUGUAUUGGAUUUGUCCUAUAACAUGCGUUUGAGUGGUGGUCUGCCAAACCAUUUGGGAGAGUUUAAGAAUCUAGAGAGGCUUAUUAUUCAAGGGAAUUCAUUUUACGGUCCGCUGCCAUCAUCACUCGGAACACUAUCAUAUUUGAGAGUGUUAGAUACUGGAAACAAUCAAUUGAAUGGAAGCAUUCCAAUUAGUCUUGGACAACUUUCAAAACUAGAAUAUCUAGAUUUGUCAAAAAAUGCAUUUGUUGGCACCGUAUUUGAACUUCACUUUGCCAAACUCAAGAGUUUAAAUGAAUUGUACUUGCAUUCAAAUUCAUUAGUUUUGAAUGUGACCUCCCAAUGGGUUCCUCCCUUUCAACUCCAAGUCAUAGGAUUGUCAUCCAUCAAAGUUGGACCCCAAUUUCCUCAAUGGCUCAAAACACAAAAAAGUGUUACAGCAUUACACAUGUCUAAUGCAAGCAUCUCAGUUGUCAUUCCUAAUUGGUUUGAGAGUAUUUAUUGUGGCAUUAUAGACUUGGAUCUUUCCAACAAUCAGAUCAAAGGAAAGGUGCCAAUAUUUCAAAAAUGUAAAUAUAGAUCUCUCCAACUGAGUUCUAACAGAUUUGAGGGCCCACUAACACCACUUCCUUCGGAUGUUUAUUUGUUAGAUCUCUCCAACAACUUGCUUUCAGGACCUAUUACUGUGAGCGAUGAUAGUGCGACGAUGAGCUUUACAUUUCUUGGUCUCUCAAAUAACCAUUUGACUGGUGUCAUUCCACUAUCUUUGUGCAAGGCAAAGAGUAUACAAUUUAUUGAUAUCUCAAACAAUCAAUUAUCAGGAAAAAUUCCUCCUUGCUUGGGGCAGUUGGAACUGUUGUCAGUGCUAGAUUUGACGAAUAAUAGUCUAUAUGGUGAAAUUCCAAGUUCAUUGGGUUCCCUAAAAUUUCUCAAUUCCUUGCACUUGCGUUACAAUAAGUUUUAUGGGAAGCUUCCUUUGUCCUUACAAAAUUUGACAGGUCUUUCCACCAUUGAUCUAGGUGAAAAUGUGUUCACUGAUAAUAUCCCUCCAUGGAUUGGAUAUAACCUAACUGGUCUUAAAUUUCUCAAUCUUCAAUCAAAUAAUUUCUAUGGUGAUAUUCCUCCACAACUCUGUCAUCUCCAAAAUUUGCAAUUGUUGAACUUGGCACAAAAUAACAUAACGGGAAAUAUCCCUCAUUGUUUUGGUGACUUCACUGCCAUGUUUAGUAACUUCACUGCCAUGGUUGUACUAGAUCAUGCGUACAUUCUCAAUCCAAGUGGCAAUUUUGUUUUUGACAAAAGUUAUGAAGAGAACAUUUUGGAUUCAAUGAAAGGAAGAGAACUGAAAUACACCAAGACCCUCAAAUUUCUGGUCUCCAUGGACCUUUCGAACAAUGGCAUUGUUGGAGAGAUUCCAGAAGAGUUAAUGGAUCUUUCUGGGUUGCUCAACUUGAAUUUAUCUGGAAAUCAUCUAAAAGGAAGGAUCCCUAAUAAUAUUGGCAAUUUGACACAAUUGGAAUCUCUUGAUUUGUCUCGAAACAAACUUUCUGGCCCCAUUCCUCCAAGUCUAUCUAGUUUAAGCUACCUAGGUCAUUUGAACAUGUCAUUCAAUAAUUUAUCGGGGCGAAUACCAACGGGAAAUCAACUUCAAACUCUCGACGAUCCUUCCAUUUAUAUAGGCAACGAUGGCCUUUGUGGUGCACCACUAAACAGCUGCUUCGAUGAUAAAUCAUCUCAUAGUAAUCACAAACAUGCUGAUCAGAGUAGAGUUGCAGAUGAAACUGAUUUUUUGUGGUUCUACACUGGCAUUGGACCUGGUUUCUUGGUUGGGUUCUUGGGGGUCUGUGGCACUUUGAAUUUCAAGAAGUCUUGGAGGUACGCAUACUUCCAGUUCAUCGAAAACAACUACAAUUGGAUAUCAGUAACCAUAGCAAUCAAGUUCGCUCAGCUAAAGAGGAAAUUCAACAAAGGAAAAUUGGGAAGAUGAAUUUAUCUCCCAAUUGGGUCUUAUAUUCAGCUGGAGAAAGGACCCUCAGAGGAAGCAGCAUUGAGAUCAUGUUAUGGAUGUUCUUGAGUUGUUGGAAAGAAAUAAGUUCGAAUAAUUCUAUAGUUCUACUAUAUAUGUUGAUGGGGUUUGAUGAUUGUGUCUUUUGUAAAAUAUUCUAAAGUCUUCCCUUAAAUAAAUGACUUGUGAACUAUCAUAUUGUCCAGAAUAUGUUAUAGAUUGUGUUCUGCAUAUAUAUGUAUUCUCCUUUUAUUGGUGAA